AUGUUUCAGCCUCUGAAUGGUAUUUUCGUUCUUCAGUCAUUUUGUUCACUUUUAAUACAAAUUUGAUUUAAAUUUGUCAAAUCAUGACAAUGCCAGUUUCGAGUACAUUAGGCAGCAGCGGUGGCCGCAGUAGUAGACUCUUCGGUCUUCUGAUCAGUCGCCGUGCGCUGUGCGAGUUCGAGUCCCGUCCCAGGAGAAAUUUUUCUCUUGGCUAUGGAUGUUGUGAUUGUCCGUAGAUAGCUCUUCUUCCGACUCCUCAAACGUCUCCAUAUUUUCAUCAUUGCUAUCUGAAGACGAUGAAUCCCACGCAUUCUUCUUUGGCUUCUUCUUUAACACCUUUUUACCUUUUACUCUACUAAGGUCAUCCCUUUUCUUCGUAUUAGUCACUUUUGUUUUAGCCUUCUUGAGUUUAUUACUCUCAGCUUCAGCUUUAAUCUUUCUUUUAUUUGCCAGUAAUGUUCUUUUCUCAAUAUUUUCCGGCGAAGUGAGAAUGAUUGCUGUUUGUUUCCUUUUGGACAGAUUUUUUGGUAGUUUGGGCACUGGAUGUAUUUCACUUAGAACUUUGGAAGGCGUUUCUUUGUCUUUUACAUCAGAAGAUGGAAUGGCUUCUUCAGGCGUUUUAUCACAAAUGCCUACUUGUUGGGAUGCAUCAUUUUGUG